AUGAAUCCCCUAACGCAGAUCAAGAACACGCAGAAAAUAACAGCGCGAGAGACAGCUAGAGGGGUAUCGGACGAAGCGUCAUGGCACGCCAAGUACAAGGAGUCCGCGUAUGUCUUCGUCGGCGGCCUUCCGUACGACCUCACUGAGGGGGACCUCCUUGCGGUCUUUGCCCAGUGCGGUGAAAUAAUGGAUGUGAAUCUGGUGCGGGACAAGUCCACCGGCAAGUCCAAGGGCUUCGCGUUUCUGGCGUACGAGGACCAGCGCAGCACCAUCCUCGCUGUCGACAACCUGAACGGCGCUAAGGUUGCGGGGCGGAUAGUAAGGGUGGACCACGUGGCGGAUUACAAGAGGAUAGCCAAGGAGGAUGAGGAGGAGCGGGAGAAGCGCAGGGAAGAGAACGGAGUCUGCUAUGCGUUCCAGAGAGGGGAGUGCUCCCGAGGAGACAACUGCCGAUUCUCCCAUGAUGCCCAGGUAGUGUUCGCCUGCACACCAGAAAGACUCAUGCUCAGAUGGGGCGGGAAGGAGGACACGGUACGGGGAACAGAGAGCCGCAGCAGGGCGAAUUUUGAGCAGCGUGAAGAGCGAGAGAAUGGUGGGAGGGGCGGUGGUGGGAGGCCAGGCGGGGGAAGAGGGGAGGCGGGGAUGGAGAGAAAUGGGGAGGGUGGUGAUGAUAGAAUUCAGAGUUGGGCGAAAGAGGAAGUUCCUGGACGGAGAGGGCAAUUCGAGGAUGUGAAGGGUGGGGGGGAAGGUGAUAGGAGAGAGGAGGGAAGGCACAAGGCACGACAGACUGGGAAGGGAGGGGGUGAGAGGAAGGAUGGGCAUGCAUUGAGGAAGGAUGGGCAUGCAUUGAGGAAGAGUACGAUCGAGCGCAAGGAGGGGUUUAGGAACGAAACAAGCGAGGGGGGAGAUGACAGGCUGAGAGGAGAGGAGGAUGAAGGAAGGGGUAACGAUGAGUGGAGGAAGGUCAGAAGCAGGGAAGGUGGCGAGAGGCAUGGGAAGCGGGAAGAGAGGGGUAAGGAUGACAUAGAAGAGAGGAGAGGUGCAAGACGGGAGUUGGAGGAAAAACGAGAGAGGUUCAAGGGUAGUGAUGACAAGCACAAGCGGCGAACGGAGGAGGAUGAGGACGAGGGGCCAAAGCGCGGGAGUGAUGAAGACAGAAAGCGGAGGAAAAGGGAUGAGGAGUACUCGUAG